CGACUGAUGCAACUGCAAACAAAGCUUACUCCAAUAGCCAGCGGGCGAUGCGCUUUCUCAGCAACUGAUUGAAGGAGAGGAUGAGGACGCCACACCCCCUCAUUUGGAUUGGCCGUGGGAUUAUCUCCGUCCUGCGCUUUGCCACGCGACGGCGCCAUCCCUUCUUUUUCUCCCCCCACUCACCGACUCCGAACAAGCCACGUGGGCAGCUCCAGGUGUCCAUUAGGUCACUUAUAGAAACUGUUGUUACCAUGAGUGUGGGAUUCAUCGGUGCUGGGCAGCUUGCCUUUUCCUUGGCGAGGGGCUUCACAGCAGCAGGGAUUUUGGCUGCCCACAAGAUAACAGCAAGCUCACCAGACACUGAUCUCCCAACAGUAUCAGGCUUGAGGAAAAUGGGUGUAAAUUUCACCAUAAGCAACAAGGAGACAGUUAAAAACAGUGAUGUCCUGUUUCUGGCAGUGAAGCCUCCCAUAAUUCCCUUUAUCUUGGAUGAGAUUGGCUCAGACAUAGAAGAUCGACAUAUUGUGGUCUCGUGUGCUGCUGGUGUUACUAUCAAUUCUAUUGAAAAGAAACUUUCUGCCUUCUGCCCCACCCCAAAAGUGAUCAGGUGCAUGACCAAUACACCAGUCAUUGUGCGAGAAGGGGCCACCGUUUAUGCCACAGGAACUCAUGCAGAAGUGGAAGAUGGGAAGCUCUUAGAACAGCUGAUGGCAAGUGUGGGCUUCUGCACUGAAGUGGAAGAAGAUUUGAUAGAUGCUGUGACAGGACUCAGUGGUAGCGGACCUGCUUAUGCAUUCACGGCUCUGGAUGCCCUUGCGGAUGGAGGGGUGAAGAUGGGCCUUCCUCGCAGGCUAGCAGUCCGAUUGGGAGCUCAAGCCUUGUUGGGAGCUGCCAAGAUGCUGUUGGAUUCUGAGCAGCACCCUGGACAACUUAAGGACAAUGUUUGCUCGCCAGGAGGUGCUACCAUCUAUGCCAUUCACUUCCUAGAGAGCGGUGGUUUCCGCUCUUUGCUCAUCAAUGCUGUGGAGGCAUCCUGCAUCAGGACAAGGGAACUACAGUGCUUAGCUGACCAGGAGAAGGUUUCCCCAGCUGCCAUUAAGAAGACCUUAAUGGAUAAAGUGAAACUAGAGUCUUCUUCUGCCAACAAGGUCAGCCUGUUCAACAAGAAGAAUCCUGGCAACAAGAAGUACUGAAGAGACCCAGGCCUUGCCUGAUCCUGCUUUCCUUUUCUUUGAAGGGAAUCUUUAGCACAAAUUGUUUUAAGCAGGGGAGGGGAGAGGUAUCGUGGACCCAAGCUGCUGGGAGAAAGGGAUUUAAGCUUCCAGAAGUAAUUAUUAAGGUAUAGUAGAUAGGGCAGUGUUCUUGGGGGCUGAGGGGAAGUAGUUUUAUCAGCCAUUUCUCUUAGGUGGGUAGCUACAGUAACUUCCUUUGAGCUUGACAGAUGAUUUGUUUACAUUUUUCAACCCUACUUUUCCUUCAAAGUUUCUUUGCCAGUUACCCUCACAACAGUUUUGUAUAACAGGUGACUAUGAGAAAUAAUUACAUAGUCAGGCAGAAAGCUGAAUCUGUGUUUCUGAGUCUUGUUCACUUACUGUCAUGAUCGCCGUUGCGAUGUUUGUGACAUCGCAAUGGCUCGCAUGACAAUACAAGAUUAUGGGUCCCUGGCUGAUAAGGCAAGGGCAAUAGAGAAACACAAAAAAGCAGUAAUGGGUCUAAAGAAACAAUGUAACGACCGAGGCCAGCAGCCCAGGAAGCAACAAUAAAAGGAAACUGACAUGAAAUUGAAUAACAACCGAACAGGCGAGGUUCGGAAGGGCGCACCCGGGCUUUUGAGGAAUUAGAAGCCUGAUCGCCCGGCAAUGGAUCAUCACCGCACAGGAAGGCGAUCGAGGCGAUGCCCGGGGCACAGGGGGCUGGACGACCUCUCACCUGGACGAACUGUUGGGACUCGUGGGGCGCACCUGGGGUAAGGUGGGGUGGAGCGCUGACCGACGCGGGCUAUUUAAAUCCCGUUCCAGCGUGCUCCCCUCACUCUCAGCUUUCUAAGGGCAUGAAUUCUAUUCCCAAAUAAAACCAGAACCUAAAGUCUA